CGUUGAACCAAUUACUCGAGGAUAACAUUGACAAAUCCUUAUCCAGUCCGUAUUUUUGUCAAUGCGAGUUCACUGUCAACGGAAGUAAACAAUCAGCAUUUUGAUCAUGGCGGCAGAAGUGGGAGGGACCGAUAACGAGAAACGCGAAAGCGUGGUGAGCAUCGGCAGUACAGUGGCAUAUUCGUCAACAGACGAUACUUGUCUCAUAAAUUUUGAGCAGAAUGGAGAUCGGAGAGAGAAAAGUUUGAGUGAUUCAUUUGUUGUGGCAAAAUGCAGAUCAAAAGCAGACCCGGAAGGAGGUGAAACUGAAACUGACAGCAAACUUUGUGGAUGGCUGGUUAAGUACAGCAGCAUUGGGUUUGUAAAAACCUCAAAGCUACACUGGUUUAUUUUUGGUGAUGAUACAUGUAAAUUAUACUACUACAGACAGCCUCAGGAUUUAUUGCCACUGGGAGAAAUUGACAUUAAACAUGCUACUCUAUUUUUCGACGCCAGCAAUCGCGAAAAGCCUGGCUCGUUCGAAAUAAGAUCAGAUGGCAAGGUGUGGCAUCUAGAAGCACAAAACCAGCAGUGCAUGACCCUUUGGUUAGAACAGCUUCAACGAAAACGACGUCUUUACAACAAGCGCCGUACAGUGAUAUCGGAAAAAAUCACAUGGACUCAUAGAAAUAAACAAAAGGGCAGUGGAUUGACUGGACAAGAGCAAGGAGGAAGUGCCCAAGGAGCAGAGGAUCCUCUGAAUGCAACAGCUUCAUCCUCCACUGAUCGAGCAGAUUCCAUUCUGCAAGACGAUGCACAAGAAAUAACAAGCAGUAGCAAGACUGGAAUCUGGUCACUGGUCAACUUGCGCAAAGAAAUACGCAAUGCCGUUUCAGAUAUCCGCAUGCAGAUCUCCCCGACACAAGAAAAGCUGUCGCCACCACAUUCACCGUGCGUGGAAGAUGCCAAAGAAGAGUGGACCAUUCUAACUGAUGAUAUGGACUCCAACAACAUGCCACCUGUGUUUGCUGCAGUGCAGUCACCACCACCGCUACCACCAAACUCUUCUGCAGCUUUAGCCAAAUCUGGACAGAAAACUGGUGGCAAAUUUGCUUCAACAUUUAAGUUUUUGAAAGCAAAGAGCAGAACGCCCAGUGAUAGCAAGGAGGGUGGUUUGAAGAAGCAAAACAGCCGAUCAGGUAGCCUUUCCUGUGCAAAGUGCAAACAAUUGGAAGAUGAGAAAUUUUCUGCUCAAGAAGAACUAAAAGAUGUUGAAGAAGAGCUUCAGGCAAACAGGGAAAUUGUCAGGUUACUUCAGAAGGAGCUUGAUGUGAUACGAGUCAGCUUAGAAACAAGACUAGAGAGUGAGGGAAAAUCAAAUGAAGAGAUGGAUCUUAUGUUAAAGCAGCGAGACAAACAUGUUGUAGAGCUGCAGCACAGCAUGGCUACAUUGCAGGAAGAAAAAUCAUUGCUGGCACAACAGUCAAAGUUUGUCGAGAACAACUUGACAACUUUUCGUGAUCAAGUUUCAAUGUUGCAAGAGAUGCUGAGUGCCAAGGAUGAGACCAUCGUGCAGCUCACGCAUAAGAUUUUUGAGUUUGAGAGCAAUACCCAUGAUAGGGGUGAUGAUGGUGAACGGCAGCAUUUAGCUCCUUUGAUGCCUUCAGGGAUUGUACCUGAUGCAAAAGAGCUGGAGACAUUGAAGGAUACUGUCGGUGCCUACCAACUACAAAACAAGUUUCUCACAAAAGAGAUAACAGAGCUGAACAAACUGCGCAAAUACGAUGAACAGCGUGAAAAGGAAAUGCUGAUGAAUUAUGCCAAUUUAGAAGCUUUGUACUACCAAACACGAAGCAAGUAUCUUUUCCUCCUUAAUGAGAGACACGAACCUGUCAGAGGUGAUGAGUCCAACAAAACUGAAGAAGCCGUGACUCAGCUGUUGCAGGAAGCCUUGGAGUCUGAAACAGAAGGAGGGGCAGAUCACUCUCGGCACCAUUUUAUGUCUUCAUACAGUAUGGAGUAUGACUGCUAUGGCUUUCUAGUUUAUGCUAAGGAAGAAGAGACAGAUGACAUUCUUGUAGCUAAGGCUAACAAGCUGGAGUGGCAGUCACAUCAGCUGGCUAAUCGCAUCAAGGAUGAUACUGAAGCCACAUCCAGGCAAAUCAAAUGGGAAAAUUUCAUGGUAGGGCAGUCUGGAAAGCCGCUACAACGUUCACCUGAGCUGAAGGCCCUUGUUCGUAUGGGUGUGCCACAUGCGUUCAAGGAGCACAUUUGGAAGGGAUGCAUCAAUCUGCAUGUUGGUGCCACCCGUGACAAGUUGGGGCCACAAUAUUACAAGAAAGACCUUGGUGAAAGAAUAAAGAACAGCAAAUUUAAUCCGGCUGUCAAGCAGAUUGACUUGGAUCUGCUGCGGACACUGCCAAAUAACCGACAUUUUGACUCCAUGGACUCAGAUGGCAUACCUAAGCUGCGGCGUGUGCUUUUGUCCUACAGUGUACACAAUCCUCUUAUAGGAUAUUGUCAGGGCUUAAACAGACUGGUGGCCAUUGCCCUGCUAUUUCUGAGUGAGGAGGAUGCAUUCUGGUGUCUGGAGGCCAUUAUUGAGCACUUGAUGCCCAAGGACUACUACACAAAAACACUAGCUUCAGCUCAGGCUGAUCAGAGAGUACUCAAGGAAUUAGUUGCAGAAAAGCUGCCUAAACUCUAUGCUCAUUUUGAGCAGUAUGAUGUUGACCUGUCGCUCUACACCUUCAACUGGUUCCUUACCAUCUUUGUAGACAAUGUACGGCCAGAGACCUUCCUCUGUGUUUGGGACACCCUCUUGUAUGAAGGAAGCAAGGUUCUAUUCAGGUUUGCACUUGCUUUCCUGAAGUAUGCUGAAGAGGAAAUUCUGUCUUUCAAAGAAGCACACCAGAUCUACCGUUUCAUGCGCGCAUUGGGAGAGAGGAUCACAAAUGUGAAGAAGAUCACACAUAUAGCAUUCCACGAACUGAACCCUUUUCCUAUGAGAGCCAUCACUAGCAAAAGGUUACAUCAUCUUCUGCAAGUCAGGGAAGAGCUAAAAGAAUUAGAUGCAAUUCGACAAGACUUCCAGUCUUCCCAUUCACAACACAGCCUGGAGGGCUACGCAAGUGAAGAUGAUCUGGAUGAUGUGAAAGAGGAUGAUGGUUUCCUGUCAUAAAAUAUCAAGGGUUAUCAAGUUCUGGGUCACAAUACUUUGUUUUAGGAACUGGCAUUUUUCUUCAACCAUGCAAUUGUGUAAACAAUUUAUGACUUUGAAACUUUAAUUUGUAGUUGUUCUUAGAAAUGCGUCCUAUGACAGUCUCAAAAGUUACAGCAAUGUCUUUGAAAAUUGCUAUUCAGGUGCAAUGAACAUAAAUACUCCAACAGAAAUUCCAUUCAAUUUUGUGUUGUCCUAUGUAAUAUGACAUUGUUUCUAAUUUAUUGAUUCAUUAAUCUAGAUCCUUUUUUCAGUAUUUUGUUUUGUUUUAGAUUUUUAAUGUUCUUUGCUGCUGCUUAACUUUUUUUUUGCCUUUGUGACAUAAAAUGUCUUCCAAGACUUAAAUCAUAUGCUUAUUUGUCUGGAGCAACAAAUGAUAACUCUUAAGACAAACUUUGAAAUCCACUUAAGCCAUAUCAGUGUAGACUUAAUGGGAAAAGAUUAAGCAAACUGCUCUGCAUAAUGGUGCAUUAUUUCUGUCAGGUUGUAAUAAUUUAAUGUCAGAAAUGGUUGAAGAUUCCCACAAAACAUUCUAAAUGUUAUAAAAGAAGGGUGAGUCAAAAAGAAUCAUAUUAAAAUAUAAAAGAAGGUACAUAGUUGCAGUGGGAAGGAUCAGAAAAUUUUUACUUUCAGAUUUAAAUUUUACAGGCUGUACAAGGUACACAAGAACCAAUCUAACAUCUGUGGUCUUAGCAUGCAAGAUCAGGAAACAUUUAGCUUCAGAUGUAAACUGUACACACUACAAAAAAUGCCUAUCAUAUAUUUUUUUUAACAUUGAAUGAUCAAGUUAGCUUUUUUUUCACUUUUACUUGAACAUUUUGCUAUGCACGUUUUAAAUACAGCACAACAGAAAAAGCAAAACUUUAUAAAGACUGAUCUAUUGGAAGAAAAAAAGAUUUUCUUCUGAUGAAAUGUGUGUUUCAAACAUUCAUUCCUCUUUCAUAUGUGCACUCGCAUAUAGCAUGUAGCUAAUACAGUAAUAAUACUGUAAUAACACCCACAGCAUGUACAGUAGUUUAUAAAUUUCCUUUUUGUGAGAUCCCUUUGUCAAACUAAAAACAUAUCUAAUGUAAAACCAUUUUAAGUCAUUUAAUUGCAUGUCAGCAUCUUGGACAAAACAUGUAAGUAAGAUUAAGAGGCUACAUGUGCAGAGGUUACAAGUGAAGUAAAUUUAUCUUCGUCAAGGGACUGUUACUUGUGGUCAGAUCGAGAUCUUGACCCUUGAAUGAAAACCCAGUCUUAGAAUUGUGUAUCCAUGGCUGAAAGUUAUCACAGUCUAGCAUACAAAAUAUAUAUAUAUAUAAAGAUUGUUUUCAUUAUCUAUUUUCUGCAGUUGAGUUUAUCAACAGCCUGUAUUCAUUUUACCUUCUGUUUUCACAAAAACAGAAAGAUUUAAUACAAGUGUAGCAUUUCAUCGUUGUGCACACUCAGCAUUAUAAUUCUGAAGCUUUGUUAUUUGGAGUCCUUUUUAUUUCAUUUUAUUUUUUGAUGUUUUUUCAAAAAGCCAAAUUGCCAAUAGGUGUAUAGGGGUGGUGGAUAAUGAAAGAGCCGAUGUUCACGAAAAAUGGCAAAAACCUAUGUCUUUCUGGUGUCUAUGUUGUUUUUGCAGGCUGUAAGGGUGGGGAGGAAGUACACGUCCUGCUGUAUAUAAUAUAUUCUAGAGUCUAGACUGUCUGUGAAUUUUGUAGUCAGCUUGUGAAAGUGGAAAAUUGCUGCAGUUUCAUGCUCCAAUCACACCUUUUCUUCCAAAUAAAAUAUCUUUUUGUUAAGGUCUUCCUCACCAUGUGGAUUUAAUAAGAUAUUUAUUUUAGUGACUGGGGGCUGUAGGAAUGCAAUAUUGUCUAAACUAAAAAUAUGAAUCAUUUCCAAAGAAUGCAGUGAGGGAAGUCUGUCCUAGAUGAAUGUGGUCACUGGAUGUCCAGCUGAUUUGACUUUAACUUCAGCAAGUUAUGUUGACUUCUUUCUAACAAGAGGUAAAGUGAAGGUUAUAUAUACCAUAUGCACACGAUAACAUUUUAACCUGGAAAUGCAAAGAUAACUGUAAACUUAAGAAAGAACGAGAGUAACCUUAGAUGACCGUGUGUUACAGUUCAGAGUCUCUUUAUCUUCUUUGCUGCUUUUGCAGUACUUUGAAAAGUGAAAUGAUUGACUGUAUGCUAAAAUGAAAUAUUUUUUUGAUUUCCAUAUGAUUGCCUGCUUACAAAUUAUUAAGCCUUUCCAUUAAGUCCCAUUCAUUGCCGUCCAUGAAAAAUAAGAAGCUGUUUGAAAUUAAAGAUGUUUUGCAGACUUUACACAUUGUCACACACAUCAUAAACACAAUAAAUAAACAUAUUGUUGACAUAUAUUGAUAAUAUCUUCUGGAAAACUGGAGCUGACUGAGUUGACUAAUGGCAAGAUCCUAAAUUAGGAUUCAUUAGUGCUAUGCUUGCAAAAUUCAUACUGAGCAAUAGAUGUUCACACUGAUCAGACCUGCUUACAGGUCUCCUGUAAUCAUUAUGGUGAAAUUAUCAUAAUUAAGGGAAUUAAGGUCAAAACAUUACAGGAUAAAAAUGCUGAAUCAAGCUUACAGGUUUUCCCCAGGAAUUUCAUGCUUUCUGUGGGAAUUAUAACAGGGUGUUUAUCCUAAUGUAAAGAGGUCUGACUACUUAAAUGUUUGUAAAACAGUAGGUACAGUUUCAAAUCUAUUUUGUAAAACCUUUUUCAUAACCAUUUUUAAAGAUGAAAUUUUGAAGUUUUCUUGAUUUCUUGUAUGUUUAAACAAAAAUUCUGACAUCUGAAGUCUGAUCAUCUGACUUUAGAUUUGGCUGUAUAAGGUUUUUAAAGGCAUAAAAAGCGAAAAAGAAUUUCAUGCCAGUUAUGUGCAGUUUCCUGGAACUGAGUUGUUGGUUGUGACAUCACUCAAAAAUGGCUGAGACUUAUUUUGUGUCUACAGAACUAAUGUGUGACGCUGAAUGUAUUUGCAAACCUUUCACACUUGGUGCUGUAGCUGGUGCUAAAUAAAGAAUUCCUUUUCAGCAAGCUAACCAAAGCUCAUAGUUACAUUUUUUGUACAACAGUCAGCAGUUUUACUCUUUAGGAUCAUGAUUGUUGGCACCAAAUGUUUGAAGAAACAGAGUUUUCAAAUUGCAGCCUAGCAUCUUUAUAUAUUUAAAAUUUUGUACUAUGUGUAUUUUUCUGUCAAAUUAGAAUUUGCCCAAUGAGAGUCUGUUAGUCUGUUAGAGAUCUUUGGUUAAACAGUUUACAUGAUUAACUGUCAAAUGUAUUUGAUUUGUUUGCAUGUUUUCAGCAGUAUUGACAGAUGUGUGUUUAAAGUGAAGAACUAUUUUCUAGCUUGUUGAAGUUUUAAAGAAUGAAUAUUUGUAGAAUACUGUGAUGGACCAAUGGUUGACUAAGAUUGAUCUUUUGGAAGUUGCAGUAUUUACUGGCACUGAGUAGUGCUCAUACACAUAUUUCUUGAUUGUUUGACAGGUAAGGGUUCCAACAUAGAUAUGGAAAAGCUGCCUUUGUUAUAGCCAUUUAUUCUUUAGAUCCCUUCCAUGUGGGAGGUUUAUUUUCUGCCAUGUUUGUCUACUUACAAUUCACUAAUUCAAGAUGUUUGAGAAAUUCGUCUUUAGCUGAGAGAUGACAUAUGGACAUGUGUUACACGUUUGCAGUGUAGCUGUUAAAACGUUUCUUUUGGUGAAUAUUUGAAGGUUUCAAUGGUGCUUCUAAUUGACAAUCUUUACCAAAGGUGCCCAGCAUGUCUCAAUCAAACUAUUGUGCUUUCCAUAUUCCAUGUUCUUCACACUCAGUUGGUAUCAAUGCAUGGAGCAAACUCUUGUUACAUCUGUGAUGUCAUAUUGAUGGUUUGUACUAGUUAAUGUGUUGUAGAGAUUUAAACAAAACAUGCUGACCUCAGAAUUCCUAAAAUAAAAAUUCGCAGUUAAUGGCAUGAGCAGUAUGGUAGAUACAUGUACUUAUGCAUUAGUGCAAUGAAGUAGCCCACACAUGAUUGGGUGUGUGUAUGUGUGUGUCUGCAUGUGCAUAUUGUAAGAGUGCAUAGCUAGUGUGGCAUCUAUACAAGUCAUUUCCAUGUUUGUGCCUACUUAGACAAUUUUGAGUUCUUUGAAAAUCUAACAAAUUGUAUAAUGUGAUAUGCUGAACUUAUAUUUUGAAUGAAGCUUUGAAGUAUUAUUUGAUAUGCAACUUUUAGUAUUGCUUGAAAUAUUGUUUUAGUGUGCAUUAUUUGAGACUAUGUUUGAAGAUACUGUAUAUGAUAAAAUAGAGAUAAAGUUUGCAUUCACUACAUGGUUAUGUGCAGGACAGUUAUCUUCUUGUGCCACUACAAUGGUGGGUUUGAUGUGACAACAUCUCAACUUUGCACUUGUAUACCAUCUUGUGUUCUGCCUGUGUGUAGUUUAGAGAUGAACAGUAUUCAGGUCUAAGUAUUAGUUGUGUGCCUUUAUUGUAAAAAUGCAAACAGAAUGUGCUGUAAAGACAGAGACUAAAGUUACAAGAUUUCAGAUUAAAGGAAGAAUGAAAAUA